GUUUUGUCCUCUUCCAGCCCAGUGCAAGAGAAAAUGGCGAGAAAACAAACACAGUGUUCCAGGUUAGCUUUUUUAAAACAAAUAUCUCUAGGGUCCCAGCUGCAGAGCAGUGUUCUGUGUGGACUGGCGCCGGACGAUAUUCGUUCUUAUUUGUCUGAAUCAAACUACUCGCCAGCAGUCGCUACUCUUUUCAUGGUUGACCUCCUUUACUGGGUUUUCAGUAUUUCAGCUUGGUAGCUCAGUAACCACCAGCAAUCGCCAUUCUUCUCCACGCCGUCCUAAGCUCUCUUACUGCCGGGUGAUGACUCAGGGCGUACAGAAAUCCUCUUCAAAUGGCUUUGAGAAGCAUUUGGCAUCGGAAGAGCAAUUGGAGAAGAUUAAUGAAGUCAGGAGACUAGUGGGUACAUUGUCAGAGAAGCUUUCCAUUUACUGCUCGGAUGCAUCAAUCUCCAGAUAUCUAAGGGCAAGAAAUUGGAAUGUCAAGAAGGCUACUAAAAUGCUGAAAGAUACUAUAAAAUGGAGAGCAGAGUACAAGCCAGAAGAUAUCCGCUGGGAUGAGAUUGCUAAGGAGGCAGAGACAGGAAAAAUCUACAGAUCAAGCUGCACUGAUAAGCAUGGAAGGCCAGUUCUAGUCAUGAGACCUAGUCGUCAGAACACAAAGUCAACCAAAGGGCAGAUUAGGUACUUGGUGUAUUGCAUGGAGAAUGCCAUCAUGAAUUUACCGCCGGACCAGGAGCAGAUGGUUUGGCUGAUUGACUUUGAUGGAUACAAUCUGUCACAUCUCUCAUUGAAGGUCACAAGAGAAACAGCCAUUGUAUUACAGAACCACUAUCCAGAGCGCUUGGGUCUAGCAAUACUAUACAAUCCUCCAAAGUUCUUCGAACCUUUCUGGAUGGCAGCAAAAGUCUUUCUAGAGCCUAAAACCCACAACAAAGUGAAGUUUGUCUACUCUGAUGUUCCUGAUAGCAUGAAGAUUAUGGAGGCAUAUUUCGAUGUGGACCAUCUUGAGCCAGCAUUUGGUGGGAAAGAUUCAGAAGCAGGUUUUGACAUUGGUAAAUAUGCUGAGAGAAUGAAGGAAGAUGACAAGAUGAUACCUUCCUUCUGGACGAAAGAAGGUUGUCCAUCUUCAGCUUCAGAACCUGCCGCGGAAUCUGGGGCAUCUUUGGAUACUCUCUCACUAGAAGCCACCACUGAUGCUUCUAACCAUGACAUCGCACUCGAUUCUCAGACGGUCUCCAUAAAUGACAACGACGAUUGUAGUGUUACGAAAGUAUUACCGGAAGAUGUAGUAAAUCAAAAUGAAGUCUUAACUGCUGAUAAAGAAGGGCAUGCCUGAUUAUGUGGUAGCAUGUCAAUACCAGAAAGGCAAAAGGUACUCGGUUCCCGACCUACUGGCUCUUCAUGGUUCUGAUCAAGUUGCUGCACUUCAUGGUUAUGGAAGCUUUUCUGCUACGUGAGAUGUUCUCGUCACUUCUCUUGUAUCCCCGUUGAAUAUGUUGGUUAGCAUUACCAGACCGUUGCCCUAUUUUCUUGUUUUCUAUUAAAUCUCUUAUAUUUUCUUGUCAUUUUACUUCUGAUUUAAUUCUAGUCCUAUCUAUUUGGCAAACAAGUCUUAUAAUUUGAUGCGCAUUUAAUUACUCAAGGAUAACAUAUUUGCUUUGUGGGCUGUUGUUACCACUAGCAUCGCAUAGGGUGCUAAAUAAGUGUUGGCAACAUAUUAACAUAUUUAUUAAAUAUAUUAUGAUAAUUACUCACUCAU